AUGUGCCAUGGAGACGGGAUCCAAGGAUGGAGUGGAGAGAGCGAGCACUUGAACUAUGGGGAGAUUGAAAGGAGGCGCAAGGAAAAGGUCGACAAGUUAGCAUACAGGCUUUUGGCAGAGAGGGAAAAGGCAAACAAGAGUAUCGAGGAGGAGCUCCAAAGACUCUUUGAUGAGGAGAGGAGCUUGGUGGAAGACGUUUCUACCGACGUGUUGUUUGAAGAGGCUCAAGGCCAUGGGUCUGCUGCCUUGGGCGAUCCUGGGCCGAGCACAGACAUACAGAACGAGACCACAGAGACACAGACGCCGUGCCUUACAAACAUACCUUUCUCCGAUGAGCUUGUUUCAAGAUUCAUUCUGAGUAGAGCGUAUGUAUCCAUAGAGGAGAAUAUUGGCAGGGAGAAACUAGUCAUGCCAAAGAUUGUGCAGACCCAAACCAAGAUCCAGAUCAACAAGAGGCUGACCCAGGUUAGUGGAAGGACGGGACAGGUGAAGAAGAUAUUCAAUGUUCUCGAGGAAUACUCCCAUUCGUAUGUGUUCAUAGAGACAUUUGUGCUGAAGAUAAUUGAGCAGGGAAGGCUACAGGUAAGCUCGUGCCCCGGGUCUUACAGAGAAUUUGCAGAGCUUUUCUGCAGGUUCUACUCCCCGGAGCUAAUGGAGUACUUCCGGGUUAUUCUUUUUACCAAGGAUGCCUCUGCAAGCACAAUCAAGGGGAUCUAUGGGAUCUACUUUGGAGUGCUCGAAAUCCAGGAGAACUCUGACGAAGCAUGGUUUUUCAUUGCAUCUGUGCUGAACUCAAGGCAGAAUGAGCUGUCGUGCUAUGUUGUAGAGUGCUUUUUUUCCAUACUCGGGGACCUGCUGUUCAGGGUGUGCCGGACUCCCUUCUUCAAGCUUGUGGAAUAUGUCAAGAAGUACUACUUCGCAGAGAUGAGUAACGAGCCGUGUAGGAUAAGGCUCUCCUCGAUAUUUGCAAGGUAUGGGAUGUGA